GGCUCGGCCAAUAGAAAUCCAGCUAGUUUUCAUUUUAAAUCCAGGAGGUUUUAAAAGAGAGAAACGGAAGGCAGAAACACAGAUACAAGAAGAGCACAGAUAUCAUCAUGCAGAAUAAAGAGAACACAGGACCCAGAGCCUUCCAAACACGGGUUGCUACUGUCCGUCCUCUCAGAGUCGUCAUGAAUCCAGACACACACACUGUUACAGGUCCUGGGAGAGUUCCCGUGAGGUCAAACACAAAGAGGCUCUCCCUCAGAGACUUCGACAUCGGCCGUCCGCUGGGGAAGGGGAAGUUCGGUAACGUGUAUCUGGCGCGCGAGCGGAAGCUGAAGGCGAUCGUGGCUCUGAAGGUGCUCUUCAAGUCUCAGAUGGAGAAGGAAGGCGUGGAGCACCAGCUGCGGAGAGAGAUCGAGAUCCAGUCUCACCUCAGGCAUCCCAACAUCCUGCGCUUCUACAACUACUUCCAGGACAGCACGCGUGUGUUUCUGAUCCUGGAGUUCGCGCCGCGGGGAGAGAUGUACAAAGAGCUGCAGCGCUGCGGACGCUUCGACGACCAGCGCACCGCCACCUACAUGGAGGAGCUGGCGGACGCGCUUCUGUACUGUCACGAGAAGAAGGUGAUCCACAGAGACAUUAAACCUGAGAACCUUCUGCUGGGAUUCAGAGGAGAGCUCAAGAUCGCAGACUUCGGCUGGUCCGUCCACGCGCCGUCCCUCAGACGGCGGACGAUGUGUGGGACUCUGGACUAUCUUCCUCCGGAGAUGAUCGAGGGCCACACUCACGAUGAGAAGGUGGAUCUGUGGUGCAUCGGUGUGCUGUGUUACGAGUGUCUGGUGGGGAACCCUCCGUUCGAGACGGCCAGCCACACGGAGACGUACAAGCGCAUCACCAAGGUGGAUCUUCAGUUCCCGAAGCUGGUGUCUGACGGCGCUCGUGAUCUGAUCUCCAAGCUGCUGCGUCACAGUCCAGCCAUGCGUCUGCCGCUCCGGAGCGUGAUGGAGCACCCCUGGGUCAAAGCCAACUCACGCCGGGUGCUGCCCCCCGUCUGCAACACACACCACUGACACAAGGACCUGUUUGAGACACGCAGGACUGAAUGUCACCCUGUCAAAAACACCUGAGUGAGGGCCGGAUUCACCCUGUGUGUGUGUGUAACAUUAAUUGGUUAUAAGCUUAUUAAAGUGUGACCGUUAAUGAGCUGAGAUGUAAACUGCUCUGAAGUCUGUUCUGUUGUGUUUUACACUGUUAGCUGUAGUUCUGCUGUUCUGUUCAUGUUGUACAGUCUUGUUAAUGUGUGUCUUGUACUGAAUCUCUAUCAGAAAGAAUAAAAGCCUGAAGUAUG